GAAGGUCUUUCGUUGGAUUCUUUCCCUCACUUUCAAUCAUGCGCGCCGCUACCCUCGUUGCGGGGCUGCUGUCUCUGGCUGGCGCCGUCAAUGGCUUGAGCUUCGCGAACCUCGAGCGUCUGGAGGAACUGCGUGCUGUCCCGAAGGAUUGGCACCAGGUCGGCUCACCCGAGGCGGAUCAGAAGUUGCGUUUCAUGAUCGCUGUCAAGCAGCCCGCGAACGAGGCGAUCUUUGAGCAGACACUGCUUGACAUCUCCACCCCGAGCCACCCGAACUAUGGAAAGCACAUGAAGCGCGAUGAGCUCAAGGCCUUGCUCCGUCCUCGUGCUGAUGUCACCGAGGCCAUCCUCGACUGGCUUCAGUCUUCUGGCAUCAAGGACGAGAACAUUGAGAAUGAUGGCGAGUGGAUCAACUUUGAUGCAACCGUUUCCCAGGCCGAGAAGAUGAUGGACACCAAGUUCAACACCUAUCGCAGCCAGAUCCGCAAGAACAUCCAGAAAGUUCGGACCCUGCGUUACUCCGUGCCUGCCGAGAUCAAGGAGCACAUUAAGAUGAUCCAGCCCACAACUCGUUUCGCUCAGAUCAGGCCCGAGAGGAGCCAGGUCCUUGACAAGCAACUCCUCAGCGAGGCGCAGCUUCAGCUCAACACCACCUCUUGCAACUCUACUAUUACUCCGACCUGUCUCAGGGAUCUCUACAACAUCAAGGGCUUCACGCCCAAGGUCAAUGGCUCUUCUUUCAUGGCCGUGAAUGGAUUCCUCGAGGAAUACGCUCGCUACGAUGAUCUGCAGCAGUUUGAGGAGAAGUACGCUCCCUGGGCUGCCGCCAAGAGCUUCAAUUUCGGCUCGAUCAACGGCUCGCAGUUCCCUCAGGAAACCGCCGACGACAGUAUCGAGGCCAACCUGGACAUCCAAUACACGGUGCCGCUCGUGGCCCCACUGGAUGUGACCUACUACUACACUUCUGGACGCGGCCCGCUGGUUCCAGACCUUGACCAACCCGGCGAGUCGUCCAACGAGCCGUACCUUGAGUUCUUCACGGAGCUGCUCAAGAAGCCCGACUCGGAGCUGCCCCACACGCUGACGACCUCAUACGGCGAGGACGAGCAGAGCGUGCCGCGUCCGUACGCCGAGAGCGUGUGUAGUUUGAUCGGGCAGCUCGGCGCGCGCGGCGUCUCGGUGCUCUUCUCUUCUGGUGACACAGGCCCAGGUUCCGCGUGCCAGACCAACGACGGCAAGAACACGACGCGCUUCCUGCCCAUCUUCCCGGCCGCAUGCCCGUACGUUACCUCCGUUGGCGGAACUUUCCACGUCGAGCCCGAGGAGGCGGUCGACUUCUCGUCUGGCGGCUUCUCCGACAUCUGGCCCCGCCCUGACUGGCAGGAUGCGGCUGUGUCGAAGUACCUCGGCAUUCUCGGCGACCGCUGGGACGGACUUUACAACCCCGAAGGCCGUGGCUUCCCGGACGUCGCGGCGCAGGGCUACAACUUCCACGUCGUCGACAAGGGCAGGGAAACCCUCGUUGGCGGCACCUCCGCCUCCUCGCCCGCUUUCGCGUCGAUUGUCGCACUGCUCAACGCCGCCCGCAUCGAGAAGGGUCUUCCUGUCCUGGGAUGGCUGAACCCGUGGCUGUACAGCGGCUCGGCCGCCCAGGGCUUGACGGAUAUUGUUGACGGUGGCUCCACCGGCUGCACGGGCACUGACAUGUACUCCGGCCUGGAUGCGCCGUAUGUGCCGUACGCGGGCUGGAAUGCCACGGAGGGCUGGGACCCGGUUACGGGCUUGGGCACGCCGAAGUUCGAUGUCCUGCUGCAGGAGGUCUCGAAGACGAGGACUGGCUACUUCCAUGCUUGAGUGAGAGGCGGUGCAGGAUGAGCGCUGUGAUGGUGCUGGUUGCCUGUAGAUAGGACUGCCUAGUUUCCUUACUCUUACGUCUCUACGAAUGCAGCUACGAUAAUAACGCCUACACUCUUGACUCUUUGCUUGCGUGAAUUGCAUAUUCGAUAUCUACGAACUCCAGGUAAUGACCCAGCAUCACAUCACCAAAAAGACAAAAACAAAAAAGCACGCGCCACACACACGGCCGCCGCCGCCCACCGCCAGCCGGGCAACGGGUGUUGCCCCCCGUUGGCACCAUCCGAAAAAAAGGCGUCUUUUUCGUAUAAAACGGCGUCAACUCGUUACGAAACAACUACCUACAGG